AUGGAGGCCAAAAGGAUUGAAGUGGCUGUCCUCAUCCGCGCCGGGCACUCCAAGGACAAGCCCAAGAGUGGAAAGCCAACCAAGUUGACCCCAGAGGCCGUGAUGAAGGCCUUCAAGGCCAAGCCGGACAUGCCCAUGUCCAUGAUGGCCAAGAAGAAAGGCGUGAGCACCUCCACGGUGUCCAGGAUGGUCAAGUCCGCUGGAGGAAAGUCCCUGAGGAAAGUUCAACGGCUUCUCCUCAGCAAAGGUCAUCAAGAAGUCCGUGUACAGCGUUGUGGACGCCUUCUGAAUGACCUCAAACAUCAUGGCAAUUGGGCCAUCUUCUUCUCGGACAAAAAGACCUUCAUGGUUGAUCCGGUCUUCAACAAACAAAAUGACCGCAUCAUCUGCUUCAGCAAGGACCAGGCCAGCAUCCGCAACGUGACCAAGACCAAGCAUCCGGCCAGUGUGAUGAUGCUGGGGGUGGUGGCCUCGACUGGGGACAAGAUGGCACCCAUUUGGUUCCCAUCCGGAUACCGGCUCACUGCCGCCGACUACUUGGAGGUCUUGAGCACCAAGCAGGAUGGGGCGCCGGCCCACACGGCCAACAAGGUGCAGGUCUGGAUGGCCGAGAACAUGAAGUUUUGGCCCAAGGACUUCUGGCCACCCCAGAGCCCCGACCUCAACCCACUGGACUUCAGCAUUUGGUGGCAUGUAGAGUCCAAGGCCUGUAGAACCCGCCACAACAAUAUCAAGGACCUCAAGAACUCCGUCAACCAGUACUGGAAGACCAUGAGGAAGAGCUAUGUCAUCAACGUGUGCAAGUCCUUCCGCCGCCGCCUGGAGAAUGUCCUCGAGGCCAAUGGAGGCCAUAUUCAUAAAUAA